CGGCGGCGGCCAUUCCCUGCAAACUUUGCGGCGCCGGCGCGCGUGGGGGCGUCCGGGGGGCGCGCGCGGCUGCCUCGGCCCCGGGCCCUGCUCGGCGGCGGCGGCCCCGGGCCCCGCGGCGCGGCCGGGACGACACGACAGGCUCCCCGCGGACGCACCGUCGUGGAUGUGACCAAUGCUGGCAGCUCCCCGGAGCGGCGUGGACACAUGAAGUCACUCUAAAGAGCCCGGCUGCUGCUUCCUGCGACCUCCUCACCGCCAGGUGAAGUAAGAUGAGCAUAACCAGUGACGAGGUCAACUUCCUGGUGUAUCGGUAUCUACAGGAGUCAGGGUUUUCCCACUCGGCCUUCACAUUCGGUAUUGAGAGCCACAUCAGCCAGAGCAACAUCAAUGGGACACUCGUGCCGCCGGCUGCCCUCGUGUCCAUCCUGCAGAAGGGGCUGCAGUAUGUGGAGGCCGAGAUCAGCAUCAACGAGGAUGGCACGGUGUUCGACGGCCGCCCCAUCGAGUCCCUGUCGCUCAUCGACGCGGUGAUGCCCGAUGUGGUGCAGACCCGGCAGCAGGCCUUCCGGGAGAAGCUGGCCCAGCAGCAGGCCAGCGCUGCUGCGGCCGCCACAGCGACCACGGCCUCGGCAGCCGCGGCCACGCCGAGCACGGCCGCACCAGGGGCUGUGUCCCAGCAGAAUGCACCAAAGAACGGAGAGGCCACGGUGAACGGGGACGAGAAUGGAGCACACACCAUCAACAACCAUUCCAAACCCAUGGAGAUCGACGGAGACGUGGAGAUUCCUGCCAGCAAGGCCACGGUGCUCCGGGGCCACGAGUCCGAGGUCUUCAUCUGUGCCUGGAACCCUGUCAGUGACCUGCUGGCCUCGGGGUCCGGGGAUUCCACGGCGCGGAUCUGGAACCUGAAUGAGAACAGCAAUGGGGGCUCCACGCAGCUGGUGCUGCGGCACUGCAUCCGCGAGGGCGGCCACGAUGUGCCCAGUAACAAGGACGUCACCUCGCUGGACUGGAACAGUGACGGGACACUGCUGGCCACGGGGUCCUAUGACGGCUUUGCCAGAAUCUGGACGGGAGACGGUAACCUUGCCAGCACCUUAGGCCAACACAAAGGCCCCAUCUUUGCCUUGAAGUGGAACAAGAAGGGGAACUAUAUUCUGAGCGCAGGUGUGGACAAAACAACCAUCAUCUGGGACGCGCACACCGGCGAGUCGAAGCAGCAGUUUCCCUUCCACUCCGCUCCUGCCCUGGACGUGGACUGGCAGAACAACAGCACCUUCGCCUCGUGCAGCACUGACAUGUGUAUCCAUGUCUGCCGGCUGGGCUGCGACCGGCCCGUCAAGACGUUCCAGGGGCACACAAAUGAGGUCAACGCCAUCAAGUGGGACCCAUCGGGGAUGCUGCUGGCGUCCUGCUCGGAUGACAUGACGCUGAAGAUCUGGAGCAUGAAGCAGGACACGUGUGUCCACGAUCUGCAAGCUCACAAUAAAGAGAUCUACACCAUCAAGUGGAGCCCCAUGGGGUCGGCCACCAACAACCCCAACGCCAGCAACAUGCUGGCCAGCGCCUCCUUCGACUCCACCGUGCGGCUGUGGGACGUGGAGCGCGGCGUGUGCAUGCACACACUCACCAAGCACCAGGAGCCCGUGUACAGCGUGGCCUUCAGCCCUGACGGCAAGUACCUGGCCAGCGGCUCCUUCGACAAGUGUGUGCACAUCUGGAGCACCCAGAGCGGGAAUCUGGUACACAGCUACCGGGGCACCGGCGGCAUCUUCGAGGUGUGCUGGAACGCCCGAGGAGACAAAGUGGGUGCCAGCGCGUCCGACGGCUCUGUGUGCGUCCUAGACCUGCGGAAGUGAAGGCCACGCGGGGUCGCCGAGACGCGCAGACUUUCAAGGAGGCCCGGAAGCAGACGCCGGCGUCGGGUCCAGCUGCGGUGGCAGCCUUCGGCGUCAACGUGUCGCCUCACUCACCCUGUCCACUGCACGGCGGACACGAGGCGCGGCCUGCGGUCCAGGCGGCUGGGAAUCCGCGCAGCCCCGGCCACACGAGGGUCCAUUGGUUUUCUUUUGUUUGUUUGUUCGUUUGUUUGUUUGGAAUCCUGGCGCGGGCGUGAGGCAGGAGCGCGUGCACAGGCCCCCUCCCGGGGCUGCCGAGGAGCAGGGGCCCCUGACACCCCCUCGGGACCCAGGUGCCCGCCACUCCCGAAGCGGGUGGCCGGGAACAGCUGUGCCAAAAGGAAGGACGCGGCGCUGCGGUGAAGCCAAAGGGCAGCGAGGCCAGCCUCGGAGACGCCCCUCGUGUCCCCAGCAGUCCGGACGUGGCGGUCACCAGGACGCCCGGAGCCACCGAAGGCGAGCCGUGACAGGCGCGCGGCUUUGUGACCCGCACACUGUGUGCUUCUCUACUAUCCCCGUUGGGUAGUUUCCGGUCAACUGCGACCGUGUGGCCUGGGGCUUGGGGAGGGGACCGGGGGUCACUGUCUCAGGUGCCCGCCCCUGCCCAGCCCUCUGUCCCCGUCUUGUUCAUCUGUCCGUCCAGCUCGUGUGUCUGGCCGCCCCUCCCUCCCGUCGCGUCCCUCUUGCUUCAGAUGUCCAUCGGGUUGAUGUCCAGGGCACUUUUUGGCGCAUUACUAAGUGCUUUAUGUACGAAGGCGAGGGGCUUUUUACAGAUGGGGGUGGGCGGGGGAAAGACUUAUAAGAGGAAGAAGAGCCCUGAGUAUUUUUGCAAAAAAACAAAAACAAAAACAGUUAUUUUUAUGUUGAAAUGAUUAAAAAAGAAAAAA